UGCAGUCCUUCCAGAAAAACGCGGAGUUUUUUUUUGUGAUUGUUGCAGGCAAAAAUCCUUGAUUUUGCCGCACGUUUUCUUAAAAAAUGCGAUGGAAUAUGCGGGAUAUUUAUGCAAUUUAUGCGAUGGAAUUGCGGGAAUUUGCAAAAAUUGCGGAACUUGCAAAAACUGCGGAAACUUGCAAAAGCUGCAAUGAUGUUCACGUCACAUAAUUACGUCACUUCAUAACGUUCCCAUGGCAAUAGAGGACAUGGCUGCGCUUUUGGGAAGUAAAUGCAACAUUUUUCAACUUUCUGCUUAUAUAUAUGUGACUUUUUGCUACGAAAAUGCGGAGAUUAUGAAAUCAUGCAAGCCCUGCAUAUUUUGUGCGCGGAAAUAUGUAAUUUAUGCGGCGAAAGUGCGUCGUAUUUGGAAAAAAUGCAGCCCCGCAUAAAUAUGCGGACUUUGGCUGAUUAUGCAAUAUAUCGCGCGAUCGCACAAUCGCGUUUUUCUGGAGGGACUGAUUAUGGGUCAAAAAUAACACAGCCUUUUUUUAGAGUGUAGAGGAAUAUUUUUGUUAACUUCUCAUCUUAAGUGAAAUAUUAUUUAACUUUUACCUUAUUUGUUUAACCAUGAUAUUAAUAAAAACUAUAGUAAGAGCUGAACUGUUGCUUUAUUUGUCCAAUUUGAAAAAAGUGCUAAUUUGGAAUAACACUAUGGAAAAAGUGGGCCGGUCUUGGGCCUGAAAACUCCCGUGCUGAAAAGUGGCCCCACUCUGGCCCUGGCCAAGGGCGACAUUGAAAUUCUUCUGUAUUAACAGAAAAUAAAACAUAUUUUUCACUUCAUGUUGUUUGAAAUUCUUGGGCAUAUAAGAUAUGCUUUGUUCAGUUUGAGAUUUGUUUUAUACUGUGUGAUAACAAUCAGUAGCGGCUGGUAACUUAUUUUUCGAGGGCGCAUGACGUGAAGCUUGUCACAACAUAUAUUUAGCCCGUCAUAUGUGUCGCUCAUUAUUUUAAAAUAUGUGUUCGGCGCGUCAUGUAAACCUAAUUUGCAUCACAGAAACAGAGUAUUUGUUUACUUUAUUGUAUCGUAGAUUCAUUUGUAAAUAAGUUGAUGCUGGAUUUGUAAAGAGACUGAUUAAAAAGCAAUGUUGCAACAUCCCAAUAUUUGGGAACUAUGCUCAUACCAAGUUUUGUACAUAUGUGAUACAUGUAUGCUACAAAGCCCCCUUGCCUUAUAUACUAAUGAUCGACUCUGAUGUUUUGUGCCAAGUUUCAAGACUUUUUAAGGCAUGUAAAGUAUCUCAAAAUGCCCAAAAGUUUUCAAAAAGAAGAAGACAUUUUAAGAAGAACAACAGGGCUUUGCACCUACAGUGCCCUAAUCAUAAAGACAUGAGCAAAAAGGCAUAUCAUCAGAGGUUUGCUUUGAUAACAUUACAAGAAGGGUUGUGCUCUUUAUGCAAAAUGAGAUGUCUUCUCCCACAGAGAUGUCUCCUGAGACAUGUUACACGAUAUAAAAAUACAAGCAUGUACUGGUGACCCAAAGCGCAGAAGGAGCACCAAGUAGGUAACUGGUUUAUUCAAUAAAAAUGCUUAGAUGGUCAUUAUAUACCAUACAAGACGGUAUGGCAAUGACAUUGUGUUGAUAUCCCUAGCUGAUCCCGAGAUUUUGUAAAAUUACUAAAACAUCCUACCCUCUACUCAUUUUUGUAUACUGUUUGUAACAUGAAUUCAAAUCAGCUUUACAGAAAUAUAUUGUUUUGUUAUUAAUUCUGGUGAAGUCCCUGUUCAGCAGUGAAAUGUUAUUUAUUGCCUUUUAUGUUUUUGUCUAGGACUCCAGUGAUCAAGCUAAAGGGCAGCUGUGGCAAGAGACAAUCUGCAGUCAAUAAAACCAUUCUGUAUUAAUGGAAAAUAAAACAUAUUUUUACUUCAUGUUGUUUGAAAAUCUUGGGCAUAUAAGAUAUGUUUUGUUCACUUUGGGGUUUGUUUUAUACUGUGUGAUCAUAAUCCUAAAUGUCCUUAUUAUUCUUGCAAUAUGUUUGGAAAGGACAUUACACCAACCCAUGUACAUUCUGAUUUCAUGUUUGUCCAUUAACUCUCUGUAUGGUACAGCUGCCUUUUUUCCAAGGGUGUUGUCAGACUUGCUAUCUGAUACACACACAAUAUUCAAUGAAGCAUGUCUCAUUCAGGGUUUUGUCAUUUUCACAUAUACAGCAAAUGAGUUUGCAACAUUAAUGUUAAUGGCAUUUGACAGAUUUGUUGCAAUCAGUAAACCUUUACAAUACCAUAACAUAAUUACUUUAAGGGUACUAACUAUUUUAAUUUUUAUACUCUCUUCUUUUUCAAUGCUUUAUAUUGGUAUGUCUUUUAUUUUAACUUCCAGAAUGACAAUGUGUGGUAACAAACUGUGGAAGGUGUACUGUCACAAUUAUGAAAUUGUUAAGCUCUCUUGUACAAACAGUUUAUUUAGUAAUGUAUAUGGUUUCUUUGUAUUGAUUAUAUCUGGUUUUAUCCCAUUAUGUUUAAUAUUAUAUUCUUAUGUUAAAAUUCUUAUCAUUUGUCAAAGAAGCUCAUCACAGUUCAGAAGCAAAGCUUAUCAAACUUGUAUUCCUCACAUAGUAAUUCUUGUAAAUUUCUCAAUUGGCAUUAUUUCAGAAAUCAUUUUAAGUCGGCUUGUGAAUUUAGAAAUGCCAACAUGGCUGUCAUUAUUUUUUUCACUGGAGUUUCUUGUUGUACCACCAAUCCUUAACCCUCUUGUUUAUGCUUUAAACUUCACUGAUAUUCGAAAAAAAUUAUUGGCCAUAUAUAAAAAUAAAAUGUUACACAGAAUGUUGCAGAUUGAUUAAAUGCAUUGUAAACCUUGUUAAUCAAAAGUUUCACUUG